CUGUCACUGUAACAGUGAGUUCCAGACGGAGGGGAGAUGUAUGCCUUCUACUCCCUGCUAGUUUACAUCUUCUACACUGUCUUCAAGAAGGAGGAGGAAGAAUCCCUGGGAGCUGCUCAGGGCGGAGCCUCAGCGGAGCCAGGACGUGUUUCCAUGGAAACAAGGAGCAGGAGGAUAAAAGGCCACACCCCCAGGAAGGAGAGGAAGAAAAGGGGGCGUGGCAGCAGGUUGAGUGACUCCAGCAGUAGCAGUGACAGUGACGGCCUGUCCCUGAGUGACGAAGAUGAUGAUGAUGGUGGAGGUGGUGAAGUGCCCGAUAUCCCAGCAUGCACUCCUCUGGGUGCCUUCCUGUCCUUUAAACAAGAGAAGGAGAAAAGGAGGGAGGUCCAGGUGCAGCUGGAGACGGCAGGAAAGUUGAUGUCUGAGUCUCCCUUGGUGACGGUGAUGUCCCACUUGCUGAGUUUUCUGGAGCAGUACUCCCACCUCCAGGAGCUGCAGCAGCAGGCUGAUCAGUACCGGGUCCAGCUGAAGAGGCACCGGGCCCAGCACCGCCGCCAGAUGAAGACCCUGAGGACAUCGUACCGUCAGAGGCUGAGAGAUAAGAACAGCGUCAUCGACAGCCUGGAGGAGGUCAUCACCACCCAGCAAUACACACCGAGCACCCCGGGGAGCGACGGUGAGUGUGGUGCUGAUGUCCAUGGUGCCGGGGCAGGGCUCCACAGGCUGGUAGAGUCUUUGUAUGGACUACAGGGUGAGAAGAGCCAGCUGAGGGGAGAACUACGGCUGCUGCACUCCCAACUGGAGCAGAGAGAACAGGACCGACACUCACGAGUACAAGUCUUCCAACAUCAGAUCGACGAACUGAAGAGCUGCAUCGAGGAGCGGGAGGAGGAGCUGUCCAGACUAAGAACGGACUCUGGAGCCACAGACUCUGAGAAGCGGGUUGUCUGUCUGUCAGCGGAGAACGAGAGUCUGAAACAGAGUCUGACUGUCACCCAGGGCCUCCUGCAGCAGCUCUCUGUCAUCCCCUCCCAGUCCAGCUCUGUACUCAUCAAGGAGAAUGAGAACCUGCGCAGCCGGGUGCAGCACCUGGAGAGUUCCCUGCAGCAGCGGGCUGAUCAGCUGUCUCACCUGGAGAGACAGAGCGAACAAAGCGAGUGGAGGAGAGGAGAGGAGCAGAGGAGAAGAGAGGAGAGAGUGAGGGAGCUGCAGCUAGAGCUGGAUAAAGAGAGGGCCAAAGAGCCACAGGUCAAGAUUGUCACUCAAACUGUGGAGGUGGAGUCCCCGGUGACUCUGAGGCAGUUGGCUGAGGCCAGAGAGAGGAACGAGCAGCUGUCAGAGAAACUGACCAAUCAGAACGAGAAGUGCAGACAACUGGAGGAGCACAUCAGGAAGUCAGAUGAAUUCAGCUGUAACCUGCAACACAAGAUUGCAGCGUACGAGCGGGAGAUCAGUGUACUGCAGGAGGAACUGCUGAAGGAGAUAGGUCACCUGGAGGAGAAGAGGGAGGAGGCUGUGAAGGCUGCAGCGACCUGCUCCGUAGAACACUUCCAGAGCCUGCAGGACCAGUUCUUUAACCUGCAGAAGCGUCUGACAGCGCUCCCUCCGACCCUGCGCACCAUGAAGACAGACUACGCCAGCCUGAGGAGCCAGGUCCGCAACUUCUCCGACUUCUACGGAGCAGCCAUCACCGACGCCAAGAAACAGAUAUCAGCAACUAUGAGUGAGAUGUCGGAGGCCAACAAGGACCUCCUGGAGAAGUACAGGAAGGAGGUGGCACUGCGGAGGAAGUACCACGAGCAGCUGGUCGAGCUCAAAGGCAACAUCCGUGUGCUGUGCCGUGUGAAGCCGGUUCUGAAGGAGGACCAGCAUGAGGAGGGCCAAUCGGUGGUGGUAACCACGGACCCCAACAACGAAUCAGCUCUCUCCGUGCUGAAAGGGCAGGGCCGCAGCCAUAACUUUGAACUGGACCGUGUCUUCCACCCUCAGGCCACUCAGGAAGAGGUCUUCCAGGAGAUCGAGCCCCUUGUGUCAUCCUGUAUAGAUGGGUAUCAUGUCUGCAUCUUUGCCUAUGGGCAGACUGGCUCUGGGAAGACCUACACCAUGGAGGGCAGCACAGAGAACCCAGGCAUCAACCAGCGUGCUCUGAAACACCUGUUUAGUGAGAUAGAGGACAGGAAGGACAUGUGGACGUACACCGUGACUGUCAGCUCUGUGGAGAUCUACAACGAGGUGCUCAGAGACCUGCUGAGUAAGGAUGGAGAGAAGCUGGACAUUAAGAUCAACCCAGACGGAACAGGACAGCUGCACGUCCCUGGACUCAGGCUCAUAGAGGUCAAGAGCUUCCAACACAUCAAGAAACUUCUGGCGCAGGCGCGUCGAAACAGGAUCACCUUCGGGACCCAGAUGAACCAGCACAGCUCUCGUUCUCAUGCCCUCCUCAUGAUCACUGUGCUGGGGACUGACCUGGCCAGCGGGGCCAAGACCACAGGCAAGUUGAACCUGGUGGACCUGGCUGGCUCUGAGAGGGUCUGGAAGUCAGGAGCUGAGGGAGAGAGGCUGAAGGAGGCCCAGAACAUCAACCGCUCCCUGCUGGCUCUGGGGGACGUUAUCCAGGCUCUGAGGGGGAAGGAGAAACACAUCCCCUUCAGAAACAGUCGCCUCACAUACCUGCUGCAGGACUCACUGGGGAAGGGCAACAAGACGGCCAUGGUGGUGCAGGUGUCUGCUCUGGAGAGUAACGUGGGAGAGACCAUGUGUUCUCUGAAGUUCGCUGAGAGGGUUUGUAAGGUGGAGCUGGGGCCUGCGGCCAGGAAGAUACAGAGAGGAGGGGGAAGCCAUCAGUGUGACUAGAACUCCCCUUCCUGAAGUCAUCCAACUUCCUGUUCCCAUGGACGACCAGGACUCCAGGGACUCAACAGACACACAGCCAACCAAAUACAUCAACAAGCAAUAACAACAACAAACAACCCCCUCUUCCCAGUCAGCCAGUCAGUCUAUCAGUCUGUCUAUCAGUUCGCCAGCUAGUCAGCCAGUCAGUCAAUCAAUCAGUCUGUUUAUCAGUUCGCCAGUCAGCCAGCCAGCCAGUCAGUCUAUCAGUCUGUUUAUCAGUUCGCCAGUCAGCCAGCCAGUCAGUCAAUCUAUCAGUCUGUUUAUCAUUUCGCCAGUCAGCCAGCCAGUCAGUCAAUCUAUCAGUCUGUUUAUCAGUUCGCCAGUCAGCCAGCCAGCCAGUCAGUCAAUCAAUCAGUCUGUUUAUCAGUUCGCCAGUCAGUCAAUCUAUCAGUCUGUUUAUCAGUUCGCCAGCCAGUCAGCAAGCCAGUCAGUCAAUCUAUCAGUCUGUUUAUCAGUUCGCCAGCCAGUCAAUCUAUCAGUCUGUUCAUCAGUCAGUCAGUAUAAAAGCUACCAGGUGUGUAUUCAGUAAGAUUAAAUAUUGAGAAUAUUGCAGAUUCUCUAGUCUACCGAUCAUAAUGUCUGUUCAUGUCAUGCACAGGAGGUUGGUGGCACCUUAAUUAGGGAGAACACAUGGUUUCCAGGUGUUUGAUGCCAUUCCAUUCGCUCCGUUUCGAACCUUGUUAUGAGCCGUUCUCCCCUCAGCAGCCUCCUGUGAUGUUAUGUCUGUUGAACGUUCUGUAACGUUACACCCACCUGAACAGACCCCAGCUGUAACGUUACACCCACCUGAACAGACCCCAGCUGUAACGUUACACCCUCCUGAACAGACCCCAGCUGUAACGUUACACCCUCCUGAACAGACCCCAGCUGUAACGCUACACCCACCUGAACAGACCCCAGCUGUAACGUUACACCCUCCUGAACAGACCCCAGCUGUAACGCUACACCCACCUGAACAGACCCCAGCUGUAACGUUACACCCUCCUGAACAGACCCCAGCUGUAACGUUACAACCUCCUGAACAGACCCCAGCUGUAACGUUACACCCACCUGAACAGACCCCAGCUGUAACGUUACGUCCUCCUGAACAGACGCCAGCUGUAACGCUACACCCACCUGAACAGACCCCAGCUGUAACGUUACACCCUCCUGAACAGACCCCAGCUGUAACGUUACACCCAACUGAACAGACCCCAGCUGUAACGUUACACCCUCCUGAACAGACCCCAGCUGUAACGUUACACCCACCUGAACAGACCCCAGCUGUAACGUUACACCCACCUGAACAGACCCCAGCUGUAACAUUACACACACCUGAAUAGACCCCAGCUGUAACGUUACACCCACCUGAACAGACCCCAGCUGUAA